CUUCAAGUUUAAUGUUAUAUAGCCUUUAGUUUGUUUAGUCUGUUUAGUGGCUCAGUUAAGUCGGGUCUAGUAAAAAGAAAGGUUGUGUAUGACGGUUUAAAACGGUUAAACAAGUUUAAAAUCAGUUUGUCAAGCACAUGCUAUGAAAAUAUUUUUUAAUAAGCAUUCUACGUGUUCCAAACCUCAACAAUAACAACAAACGAUUAAACAAGUUAUUCGGUGCCGCCAACGUAAUAACGAAAAUGAUGAAAGAGGAAAACCGACUUGUAUUUUUUAGUAGUAAAAUUUUUGUACUGCUUAUCGUAGCGCAGACGUUACCACGUAUAUAUGCUUUUCCAAACGGUGCACCGGAAAAGGUAUGUGACACAAUGUUGCCAUUUCACGGUGGCGGCAUACUGCCAGCGAAUUCGGUACCACCUUUUCGAAUAGAAACAUCAAGUAGCGUUGUUGGUCAAGGUCAGGUUUUGCGUGUUUAUAUAGCUGGCGUGCCGAAUGGUUUACAGUUCGGUGGUUUCAUGAUACAAGCACGGCAGAUCCGACCGCCUUAUGAAAUUAUGGGACAAUUCAAUCCCUCUGAAAGUGGUCACUCCAAGCUAAUGAAUUGCGGAAAUUCGGUGGGCAAUUCUGCGACACACUCGCAUGCUGGUCCUAAAGCAGAGAUCUCUUUGGAAUGGCAAUCCCCGAUAGAUUUUGAAGGUGACGUCAUUUUCAAUUCUACAGUCGCUCAAUCGUAUGAUACGUUUUGGGUGGGCAUUCCGUCUAAUACGGUGCGUGUCGUAAAGCGAGAUUUAGCACCGCAAAAUUAUAGCACGCCUAGACCAAGAUUCUCUCCCUCAUCACGCCCGCCGUAUGUGCCAGCUUAUGAACAGCCAGUUACUACGCCGAUGCCUGAAGAUCCCUUUUAUGAUGAAUGUGAGUCAGCGAAAAUUUGUUUCGGUAUUCCCGAUGGUUGUCUAGAGAAGAGAAAUUGUGUUAAUGCAGGCGCAAUUAAGGUACGCGGCAAUAUCCACGAAUUUGAAAUUCUGUGCACAGCAAAGGAUGCGGCUUAUGUAGCUUUAGGUCUAUCGGAUGACGAUAAAAUGGGUGACGAUUUGGUUACCGAAUGUGUACCUCAGAAUGGCCGGGUUGCUAUGUACAGUUCGUAUACCUCAGCCCCACCGAAUGGUAAUUACGGUGCAAAACGUAACGGAGUUCCUCUUACUGCCCGUCUUGUGGAAUCUUCUUUUAUUAAUGGCGCUAUUUAUUGCAAAGUUGAACGUGAUCAAACCACAAAAGUGGGAAAUCGUGUCUUUGAUUUAGUUAAUAAAAAAUACUUUUUACUUUUGGCUUCUGGCAGGAGUCUAAAAGAUGCUGGGGUAGGUUAUCAUGAUAUCAUCAAAUCUUCCUCCUCUAAAGCUAUUAGUUUAGCUGAAAUACAAAGUCUUAGUGCUGCCUCACCUAUUUUAUUAAGAUUACACGGAGCUUUUAUGAUUACUGCUUGGAUAGGUACCACUUCCCUGGGCAUAAUUUUGGCUCGUUAUUUCAAGCAAACCUGGACGGGCAGUCAGUUAUGCGGCAAAGAUCAAUGGUUUGCUUGGCAUCGUAUUUGUAUGGUCAGCACCUGGUCUUUAACUAUGGUCGCCUUUGUGCUCAUUUUUGUUGAAAUUAACGGUUGGUCUGCCAAUCAGGAUCGUCAUGCUAUACUAGGUGUCGUGACUACCAUAAUAUGCUUUAUACAACCGUUUGGUGCUUUAUUUCGACCGGCUCCAAAUUCGAAAAAUCGACCCAUUUUCAAUUGGCUCCAUUGGUUGGGCGGUAACUUAGCUCAUUUGUUAGCUAUUGUUACCAUAUUUUACGCGGUGAAAUUACCUAAGGCUGAAUUGCCGGAAUGGAUGGAUUGGAUAUUAGUCGCUUACGUAGCCAUCCAUGUUAUAGUUCAUUUGAUAUACUCAAUAUUUUUAUGUAUACAGAUUGCAGGUUGCGUUUCUGAUCGGCAGCAAACGCAAAAGAUCAAUGCUUUUCAAAUGGGCGAUAUGUCUCAUCAUGGCCUACGUAACAGUAUGAAGAUGGAACGUAAAAUGGAUGCACCGUUCAGUGCUUUCCGCAAAGGGCUUUUGGGUCUGUAUAUAGUAAUAUUAAUUCUUUUUGUUGCGGUUUUGGUGCUUAUUGUCGUGCUGGCUCCAAUCGAAGCAACUUUUAAGGAUCUGCAAGCGAAGUUAAAUUAAAAUCUAAAACAAAAAAAAAAAAGUGGAAAAUAUCCCAAACCAAAUAACAUUUUGGCUCAAAGUUUUUUUUUCUAGCGUUAUAAUAUUUUUUAAAAUGUCUUUUUUUUACU